GCAAUAUAACAGUGACUCUAAACCGAUCCGCCCGUCAAACCCGAAUUAAAUGAUCCGUCUCCUCCCUGCUCCUCUCUUAAAUUGCAUUCAUUCAAUUUCUGAAUUCUGAUCAGAAAAAGAAAAAAGAAAAGCAAAAUUGAAUAAUUAUAAGCCCGUGUGUCAGUCAGCUCCUUCUCCAUUUCCAUUUCCGAUCUUGUAUCUAUUUCCUUUUCGCUUUUUGUUGGUUCUUUCAAAUUUGCGAAAAACAGUUUUCGGAUUCUUGAUUCCCAAAGCCAACCAAUUUGCCACAAAUUUGCAUAAAAACUUACACCUCAACCCACCCACCUAACCAACCUCUACUACGACAACUAUACUACCCCCUCUCUCUCUUUCUAUCUUUCUCUGUUUUGUCCUUCCUCUUCCCCUGUUCUCGUCUCUAAUUCUCUGUCCAUUUGUUGAAUUGUGGCAAUAUAGCAGUACAACAACAUCACUAGACCUCAAGACAAAAAGAUCCCUUUUUUUUUUUUUUCCCUCCCCAUUUGUCGAUUUUUCCUUUGCUUUCAAAUUUGUUGGAUCCCUCUGUUUCUUUGUGCGGUGGAAUUUUGUUAUUCUGACGGCCAAACUUAUGUGUGAAAUCAGGGAUUGUUAGUUGAUUGAAUGAACUAGAUGAAGUGCAAGAAGCACAUCACCGAUUUGAGUAGUGUUGUUGGGGUUUGUGCUUCUUGUCUCCGGGAGCGCCUUUUCGUUCUCAUCGCUGCCCAAGAACAAGCUCAGGCGGCCCUUCAUCAGGCCGCGGCUGCGGCGGCGGCCGCGCAACAUGAUGAUCGCCGUAAAUCGGAAGCCGUACCCCCUCCUUUAGUGUUCCCUCGUUCUGUUUCGCCUUAUAUUUCUCGGCGGAAGUCUGAUACCAAUUCCGCCGUCUGGGAUGAUCCUCGGAAUCGGAAGAGUUAUCGACAUCAGAAUAGUUUGCCGGAUCGCCGGUUUUACAGUACUCCCCAAGUUGGGCCCAAUGGGACCUUAGUAGCCGCGGUUUCUUGCGGUAAGAAGAAGAGCGGCACCAAGUUUUCUUUCUUCGGCUACUUCUUCAGAUCGAAAUCGGAUAAAUUGGAUUCCAAUCGCACUUGUGUGGACCCAGAUCAGGCGAUGGAUUCCGCUGAAUCUUGCACCUUGCCGGAGGCGUCGCCGUCUUGGUUCUCUUCGAUUUUCCACGGUCGGAGAAAAAAGCAAAGCAGGACGUUCUCGGUGGAAGAAACGGCGACCGGGUUCGGUCAACGGCGGGUGUGCCGGAAUCCUGAUCGGGGGAUGUCUCCGGCUAGGUACUCCGACGACGAAGACGAGCAUUGUAAUAAUGGAUCCAGCGGGUAUUCAUCGGAAUCUUCCCAGCCUUGGAAACAGACGCCGAGACAAACUCCGCUGUCGAUGCCGACAAUGAAGAAAGGUGGCGGCGGAAGAGGCGGGCACAGUCGGAACGUGUCGGGGAUGACGUUUUGCCUGAGUCCCUUGGUGCGUGCGAGCCCCAGUAGGCAUUGGAACAAGAAAGGGGUUCCGCCGGAAAUGGUGGUUUCAGGCGACAUUAGAGUGGUCCCGGUGAAGCCCCCGCUGACUAAUCCGUCGUCGUUCUGCAAGAACCGGUCCCGGAAGCUUGCUGAUUUUGGGAGGUUUCAUCAGAACCGUUGAUGUUUUUUUAGUUGGAAGGUUGACAUUAUGAUUAUGACCAGGUCAACGUCUUCUUAGUGUUCAUAAUUAAAAGUACGUUUUUUUUUUACCUCAUGAAAUUUUCUUUGUAUACUUAUAUAAUAUGAUGAGCAGA